AGAAAGAAAGAAAGAAAGAAAGAAAGAAAGAAAGAAAGAAAGAAAGCAAGCAAGCAAAGGAAAGCCUGGGGCUGAAGGAGUGUUCCAGGGAGCGAAUUGCUCAGGACUUCAAACACUGGGAGUCAUUCUGUCAAGGGGAGGGGGCGGGCGGGGGCAGGCACUGGGCCUCUUUAACAAAGUCCUCCUCUCUUUGCUCCCUCCCACUUCAUUCACUUGCAAAUCAGUGUGUGCCCACAAGAGCCAGCUCUCCCGAGCCCGUAACCUUCGCAUCCCGAGAGCUGCAGUUUCAGCCGCGACAGCAAGAACGGCAGAGCCGGCGACCGCGGCGGCGGCGGCGGCGGCGGAGGCAGGAGCAGCCUGGGCGGGUCGCAGGGUCUCCGCGGGCGCAGGAAGGCGAGCAGAGGUGGGUUCGGGCUCCGUUGGCUAUGCAUACAUCUCCCUUUUUUUUUUUUUUAAUUCUGUAGCGUUGAUAGAAGCCAAUCAGAGAGAGAGCCCUCUCCGCCCGGUGGGUGCCGCGCGCCGGAGUUGGGAGGGAUGCUCUCAGCCUGCGAGCCCGGGUCGGGGCGGGCGCGCGGGUCCGGCUGCGCGGGCGGCGCUGCUGCCGCUGCUCAGGACCGACGCCGUUUCCCGGGGAGCCUGGGCACCGCUCCUCCGCCUCCUGAUAUCCUCUGAGAGCCAAGCAAAGAACAUUAAGGAAGGAAGGAGGAAUGAGGCUGGAUACGGUGCAGUGAAAAAGGCACUUCCAAGAGUGGGGCACUCACUACGCAGAGACUCGACGGUGCCAUCAGCAUGAGAACUUACCGCUACUUCUUGCUGCUCUUUUGGGUGGGCCAGCCCUACCCAACUCUCUCAACUCCACUGUCAAAGAGGACUAGUGGUUUCCCAGCAAAGAAAAGGGCCCUGGAGCUCUCUGGAAACAGCAAAAACGAGCUGAACCGUUCAAAAAGGAGCUGGAUGUGGAAUCAGUUCUUUCUCCUGGAGGAAUACACAGGAUCUGAUUAUCAGUAUGUGGGCAAGUUACAUUCAGACCAGGAUAGAGGAGAUGGAUCACUUAAAUAUAUCCUUUCAGGAGAUGGAGCAGGAGAUCUCUUCAUUAUUAAUGAAAACACAGGCGACAUACAGGCCACCAAGAGGCUGGACAGGGAAGAAAAACCCGUUUACAUCCUUCGAGCUCAAGCUAUAAACAGAAGGACAGGGAGACCCGUGGAGCCCGAGUCUGAAUUCAUCAUCAAGAUCCAUGACAUCAACGACAAUGAACCAAUAUUCACCAAGGAGGUUUACACAGCCACUGUCCCUGAAAUGUCUGAUGUCGGUACAUUUGUUGUCCAAGUCACUGCAACGGACGCGGAUGAUCCAACAUAUGGGAACAGUGCUAAAGUUGUCUACAGUAUUCUACAGGGACAGCCCUAUUUUUCAGUUGAAUCAGAAACAGGUAUUAUCAAGACAGCUUUGCUCAACAUGGAUCGAGAAAACAGGGAGCAGUACCAAGUGGUGAUUCAAGCCAAGGAUAUGGGCGGCCAGAUGGGAGGAUUAUCUGGGACCACUACCGUGAACAUCACACUGACUGAUGUCAACGACAACCCUCCCCGAUUCCCCCAGAGUACAUACCAGUUUAAAACUCCUGAAUCUUCUCCACCGGGUACACCAAUUGGCAGAAUCAAAGCCAGCGACGCUGAUGUGGGAGAAAAUGCUGAAAUUGAGUACAGCAUCACAGACGGUGAGGGGCUGGAUAUGUUUGAUGUCGUCACCGACCAGGAAACCCAGGAAGGGAUUAUAACUGUCAAAAAGCUCUUGGACUUUGAAAAGAAGAAAGUGUAUACCCUUAAAGUGGAAGCCUCCAAUCCUCAUGUUGAGCCACGAUUUCUCUACUUGGGGCCUUUCAAAGAUUCAGCCACGGUUAGAAUUGUGGUGGAGGAUGUAGAUGAGCCACCUGUCUUCAGCAAACUGGCCUACAUCUUACAAAUAAGAGAAGAUGCUCAGAUAAACACCACAAUAGGCUCUGUCACAGCCCAAGAUCCAGAUGCUGCCAGGAAUCCUGUCAAGUACUCUGUAGAUCGACACACAGAUAUGGACAGAAUAUUCAACAUUGAUUCUGGAAAUGGUUCGAUUUUUACAUCGAAACUUCUUGACCGAGAAACACUGCUAUGGCACAACAUUACAGUGAUAGCAACAGAGAUCAAUAAUCCAAAGCAAAGUAGUCGAGUACCUCUAUAUAUUAAAGUUCUAGAUGUCAAUGACAACGCCCCAGAAUUUGCUGAGUUCUAUGAAACUUUUGUCUGUGAAAAAGCAAAGGCAGAUCAGUUGAUUCAGACCCUGCAUGCUGUUGACAAGGACGACCCUUAUAGUGGGCACCAAUUUUCGUUUUCCUUGGCCCCUGAAGCAGCUAGUGGCUCAAACUUUACCAUUCAAGACAACAAAGACAACACGGCGGGAAUCUUAACUCGGAAAAAUGGCUAUAAUAGACACGAGAUGAGCACCUAUCUCUUGCCUGUGGUCAUUUCAGACAACGACUACCCAGUUCAAAGCAGCACUGGGACAGUGACUGUCCGGGUCUGUGCAUGUGACCACCACGGGAACAUGCAAUCCUGCCAUGCGGAGGCGCUCAUCCACCCCACGGGACUGAGCACGGGGGCUCUGGUUGCCAUCCUUCUGUGCAUCGUGAUCCUACUAGUGACAGUGGUGCUGUUUGCAGCUCUGAGGCGGCAGCGAAAAAAAGAGCCUUUGAUCAUUUCCAAAGAGGACAUCAGAGAUAACAUUGUCAGUUACAACGACGAAGGUGGUGGAGAGGAGGACACCCAGGCUUUUGAUAUCGGCACCCUGAGGAAUCCUGAAGCCAUAGAGGACAACAAAUUACGAAGGGACAUUGUGCCCGAAGCCCUUUUCCUACCCCGACGGACUCCAACAGCUCGCGACAACACCGAUGUCAGAGAUUUCAUUAACCAAAGGUUAAAGGAAAAUGACACGGACCCCACUGCCCCGCCAUACGACUCCUUGGCCACUUACGCCUAUGAAGGCACUGGCUCCGUGGCGGAUUCCCUGAGCUCGCUGGAGUCAGUGACCACGGAUGGAGAUCAAGACUAUGAUUACCUUAGUGACUGGGGACCUCGAUUCAAAAAGCUUGCAGAUAUGUAUGGAGGAGUGGACAGUGACAAAGACUCCUAAUCUGUUGCCUUUUUCAUUUUCCAAUACGACACUGAAAUAUGUGAAGUGGCUAUUUCUUUAUAUUUAUCCACUACUCCGUGAAGGGUUCUCUGUUCUACCCGUUCCAAAAGCCAAUGGCUGCAGUCUGUGUGGAUCCAAUGUUAGAGACUUUUUUCUAGUACACUUUUAUGAGCUUCCAAGGGGCAAAUUUUUAUUUUUUAGUGCAUCCAGUUAACCAAGUCAGCCCAACAGGCAGGUGCCGGAGGGGAGGACAGGGAACAGUAUUUCCACUUGUUCUCAGGGCAACGUGCCCGCUUCCGCUGUCCUGGUGUUUUACUACACUCCAUGUCAGGUCAGCCGACUGCCCUAACUGUACAUUUCACAGGCUAAUGGGAUAAAGGACUGUGCUUUAAAGAUAAAAAUAUCAUCAUAGUAAAAGAAAUGAGGGCAUAUCGGCUCACAAGGAGAUAAACUACAUAGGGGUGUUUAUUUGUGUCACAAAGAAUUUAAAAUAACACUUGCCCAUGCUAUUUGUUCUUCAAGAACUUUCUCUGGCAUCAACUACUAUUCAAAACCUCAAAUCCACGCACAUGUUAAAAUUCUCAUUACUCUUAAGGAAUAGAAGCAAAUUAAACGGUAACAUCCAAAAACAACCACAAACCUAGUACGACUUCAUUCCUUCCACUAACUCAUAGUUUGUUAUAUCCUAGACUAGACAUGCGAAAGUUUGCCUUUGUACCAUAUAAAGGGGGAGGGAAAUAGCUAAUAAUGUUAACAAAGGAAAUAUAUUUUAGCAUACAUUAAAAGUUUUGGCCACCACAUAUAUCACAGGUCACUUGAAAUUCUUUCAGCUAUCAGUAGGCUAAUGUCAAAAUUGUUUAAAAAUUCUUGAAAGAAUUUUCCUGAGACAAAUUUUAACUUCUUGUCUAUAGUUGUCAGUAUUAUUCUACUAUACUGUACAUGAAAGUAGCAGUGUGAAGUACAAUAAUUCAUAUUCUUCAUAUCCUUCUUACACGACUAAGUUGAAUUAGUAAAGUUAGAUUAAAUAAAACUUAAAUCUCACUCUAGGAGUUCAGUGGAGAGGUUAGAGCCAGCCACACUUGAACCUAAUACCCUGCCCUUGACAUCUGGAAACCUCUACAUAUUUAUAUAACGUGAUACAUUUGGAUAAACAACAUUGAGAUUAUGAUGAAAACCUACAUAUUCCAUGUUUGGAAGACCCUUGCAAGAGGAAAAUUGGAUUCCCUUAAACAAAAGUGUUUAAGAUUGUAAUUAAAAUGAUAGUUGAUUUUCAAAAGCAUUAAUUUUUUUUCAUUGUUUUUAACUUUGCUUUCAUGACCAUCCUGCCAUCCUUGACUUUGAACUAAUGAUAAACUAAUGAUCUCAAACUAUGACAGAAAAGUAAUGUAAAAUCCAUCCAAUCUAUUAUUUCUCUAAUUAUGCAAUUAGCCUCAUAGUUAUUAUCCAGAGGACCCAACCGAACUGAACUAAUCCUUCUGGCAGAUUCAAAUCGUUUAUUUCACACGCUGUUCUAAUGGCACUUAUCAUUAGAAUCUUACCUUGUGCAGUCAUCAGAAAUUCCAGCGUACUAUAAUGAAAACAUCCUUGUUUUGAAAACCUAAAAGACAGGCUCUGUAUAUAUAUAUACUUAAGAAUAUGCUGACUUCACUUAUUAGUCUUAGGGAUUUAUUUUCAAUUAAUAUUAAUUUUCUACAAAUAAUUUUAGUGUCAUUUCCAUUUGGGGAUAUUGUCAUAUCAGCACAUAUUUUCUGUGUGGAAACACACUGUUGUUUAGUUAAGUUUUAAAUAGGUGUAUUACCCAAGAAGUAAAGAUGGAAACGUUAAAAGAAGAGAAAUGUAGUAUUUUGGGUUACCUGAUUAGAGUGAAAAUUUUUUACAAUCAUAUUAUUCCUUGUGUCUUCUGAAUGGUUUCCGAUUUUAUAAUGGACUGCCCUAUAUAGUAACAAGUAUUUCAUGCUUGAGCUAUUUCCUGCUUUCAGGGUUUCUUUUUUCUAGUUCUUCAUACACACACAUACACACACACACACACACACACACACACGAAUGCAAACAAAAGGCUAUAUGAGGUCUUCACUCUAAUGAAUUGAUAUGUAUCAUAGUCACAGGUAAGUGUUGAAAAAAGCUUAGUAAAGUUAGAAGCCAGUUACUCAUAGCAAUAGAACAGCACCUUAAUCACACGAUUUACUGUAAAAUUAAAGAGGUCUCUAUCUGUAUGUUUCAUGUCAUGUAACAAAUUGAAUCAAGGAAUAUAGUCCUGUAAAAAGAAAGGUAUCAUCUGAAGUUGAGGAUUGACACUAGCAAUUUCCAAUGUUUAAAGGUAAGAUCUGUGUUCUCCUAAUAAGUAAAAGUAAGUAGUUCUAUAGCAGAAUAUCUGAGAUGUAAUUGGCAAGGUAUUUUAUCCCUCCCUGAAGAUGACACAGCAUACCAAGAACAGGUUAAUAUGAUUACUUAUGGAAAUAACUUUAAUCUCUUAUCAUAAAAGCUGAUGAUGAAGUAAAUUUAUAGGAAAUUGGAUGAUUUGAGACUGGGGCUAAAUAUUUAGUACCAGGGUAUUGUAAGUAUCAAGUUGGAGUGACGUUUUCCUAUAAUUCAGACUCUUUGACAUCGUGGAACCAAUAGGAGUCAUAGUUCCAUCAUUCUCCAGCUUGGUCUCACUUCCUUCCCACCCCACCUGAGUAUCAGGUCAAACAUCAUUGCAUGCGCAGGUUUUUUUUUUUAAUUGCUAGGUCCCAGGCAACAUGAAAGAUUACUGGAGAAAAAAAUAAUUUUCAGCUCAGUUUUUUCAUUGUCUGUUUCCUAAUUUUAGAUGUUGGUGAUGGGAAAGAUGGAAGGAGAGUGGGAAGAAGUAAAAUUUUAAUAUUUGUUUCAAUCACUUUGAAACUAAAAUUCGUUAAGCAUAACCAGAUUGUUUUUGUGGGUUGUUUCAAGGACAUUGAGAGCUUUCUGAUGAUAUGUUUUUGCCCUCUAUUCAAAAGCAAGAGUUCCUUUAAACUACUAAGAUAUUCCCUAGAAUAAGCUGAAUUUAACAAAACAUUGAGCCGUUGUUUAAAGCCCCUUCACUUCCUGGCCACUUACUUCUGAAAGGCCUAAAAAACAUUUGUGCCCAAAUAAGUAAAUAAACCAAAUGGGAAAGAAGCAAAGAUUAUUCCAUAGAACCACAAGAGAGGGAAUGUGGGCACGGUAAAUAGAUGUUUCUUUCAGAACUUUCCUGCCUUUACAGUUUGGGUCCAUAAAGGGAUGUUCAGCAAUGAAAUUACUCCCUUUUCAGAUGGAACAAAACCUGCCCAUUUAAUUUUAACUCAGUAUAAAAAACGUGUGGUUUAGUUUUUAUUUUCAGCUCCCAAAGAGCUGAAAGUCUUAAUUUUUUUUUUUUUUUUUUUUUUUGAGACGGAAUCUCGCUCUGUCGCCUAGGCUGGAAAUCAGUGGCGCGAUCGCUGCUCACUACAAGCUCCGCCUCCCGGGUUCACGCCAUUCUCCUGCCUCAGCGCCCCCAGUAGCUGGGACUACAGGCACACGCCACCACGCCCAGCUAAUUUUUGUUGUAUUUUUUAGUAGAGACAGGGUUUCACCAUGUUAGCCAGGAUGAUCUCCAUCUCCUGACCUCAUGAUCCGCCCGCCUCGGCCUCCCAAAGUGCUGGGAUUACAGGCGUGAGCCACCGCGCCUGGCCUUAAAAAUUGAAUCUAUAGCUUAGGCCAUCCAAAUUUUAUAAAUCCAAAUUAACUUUAGAAUGUUUCCAUUACUUUCACUUUUACAUAUAUAAAUUUUAAGUGUCCUGAUUGGCUGAACAAUAUCUCACAUCAAAUGCUUUGCCUGGAAAUAGAUAUCCCACUGGGGAUAGUGGUGUGUAAACUAUGACUUGGACAAUUCUAUAUACUCAAGCACCAGAAAAAUUAUGCAGUUGAAAAGAAAAUCAAAGUUGAUUCCUGGGUGCAAACUAAAUAUUCAAAUCAGGUACUCAUCCUUAUCAGCUAAAUUCAUUUUCACCAGGAACAGACCACCAAAUUAAUUAUUUUAUCCUAAUAACUAGUUUUGAAGCAGUGUAAUUACUCUGGAAGAAGGCUCUAAAAAGUCAUGAUUCCCCUACUAUUUCGAAAUGUAUCCUCUAACAAGGAUCAUUAUAGUGUAAUCUUAAUUUUUAUGUUUUAUCAAGAUGAAAUCUUGUUUGAAUUGUGACAUUAUAAAAGGGGACUCAAAAAUCCAAGCAGUCUACUGUGUUUAAAUUAACACCACAACCUUCCUUAUCAGAUUAUAAGAGUAGAAAAAUUAACACUUGGUGUGUGAAUCUUCAGGAAAAUGAGCUAUUUCAUAAGCUCAAACAAGCAGCUUCCUUUUCCAGAGAAUAUAGAAUUAUAUUAUGGUCUCCUUAAAUGUUUAGUAGCUCUUACGGUCACAGCAUUUUUAAUCUCCCUAUGGCAUCUUUAUGGAAUAAUUUUCUAAAGGGAUAAUUCUCUACUAAAAAUAUCAGACCCCGACCAUAUUUAAUGUGGAGAGCAAUACCCUCUUAGAAAGAAAAUACAUUGACUCAUACACUUGUUAAAAGUUAAUAAAGAAAUAGCUCAUUUUUAAAGCCGGAAGUUUACGGUCUCUGCAUCGUCAAUUUAAUUUAAGCAUUGCUGAGACAAUCUUUAAUCUACUCCUCUUUUUGUAGUACCUUAUUUAUGGUGCAUUUUCAUUUUUAUUUGGGGGAAACGUUAGCCCAACAGAGCCGGCAGAUGAAAGUGCGGAAAAGAGGUCAAAUGGAAACAAAGGCUCUUACCCACUGGAUUUCAGACAGGACUGAGGCACUUAGCCGAGGAGCCACUGGGUUAUUAGAUUAAUUUCAAAAGAGCUUUUACAAGUUGCUUAAUUCCUUUUUUUUUUUUUCAAAAACCCAUGAACCACAAACUCAAAUUUCUCCUCAAAUGGGGUUAAUCUGACAAAUGAGGCAUGGACCCAGCCUUGUGGAAAAAGCAUUCCACGCUAAUGAGAUCUUGGUCUUUCUUGUGAGGCUACGUUAUUUAUGUAAAUAUGUCUGGAGGCACCUUCUCUAAGCUUUUAGUUUUCUAUGAUCUAUUAGUUUAGUGUUUAUUAAAGAAUCAAAUGUAUAGAAUUACUAGGCAUUCGUGGGGAAUGCUGUGUAGCAAAUGUAAAACUGACCUGCUCGGAAGAAACGUAGGAACGCUUCAAACCUACUGUACUGUUUGGUUUGAGAUUAUUUUCAUUGCUUUGAGAGUGAACUGCGUAAGAUUAGGCCUUAUAAUAAAUGCUAUGUGCGUCUUCAGUAGUUCCAAGCUAAAGCAAUUUGGCAUUCUCCCACUGUGAUUUGUGACUUUUAAACCCAGAAAAUAAAAGCUUUUUGGUAU